UUUCUCGUACUCUCUACCUCCCAGAAUUGAGAACUCCAUCACCUGCUUUACGGUGACAGUUCCUCCAGUAAUUACCUCAAAUUCCAUGGCGGUUGUUUAGUCAAUUAAUACAAAAGGUAAGGAUCAGAAACUCGCCGGAGAAGACCAAGAUAAAAGUAUGGAGUCUCCGGCGGCGACACCGGAGUCGAUCUUUCUAGAAGACUUCGGUCAAAAGGUUGACCUGACGCGGCGAAUCCGGGAGGUUUUAGUGAACUAUCCCGAGGGGACGACGGUGCUCAAAGAGCUCAUUCAGAACGCUGACGAUGCCGGCGCCACCACCGUCCGACUCUGCCUCGACCGCAGGCUUCAUGGUACCGACUCCCUUCUGUCGGAGACCCUGGCGCCGUGGCAGGGGCCCGCGCUCUUGGCUUACAACGACGCCGUCUUCACAGAGGAAGACUUUGUUAGUAUUUCGAGGAUCGGCGGCAGUAGCAAGCAUGGCCAGGCCUCAAAAACUGGCCGAUUCGGGGUUGGAUUCAACUCCGUGUACCAUUUAACUGAUUUGCCGUCGUUUGUGAGCGGGAAGUAUGUGGUAUUGUUUGACCCCCAAGGCAUUUUUCUUCCCAAGGUUUCUGCAUCCAAUCCCGGGAAGCGAAUUGACUAUGUUUCUUCUUCAGCCAUCUCUGUGUACAAAGACCAGUUCUUUCCUUACUGUGCUUUUGGUUGCGACAUGAAAACACAAUUUGCUGGAACUCUAUUCCGUUUCCCUCUGAGGAAUGCAGAGCAGGCAGCAACCAGCAAGCUUUCCAGGCAAGAGUAUUCCCAAGACGACCUUUCUUCCUUGUUUCUUCAGCUCUAUGAGGAAGGAGUUUUCACGUUACUUUUCCUAAAAAAUGUCUUGCGUAUUGAAAUGUAUGUGUGGGAGGCCUGGGACAGUGAGCCCAGGAAGCUUUACUCCUGCUCUGUUGGUUCCGCGAGUGAUGAUAUUGUUUGGCAUCGUCAAGCUGCGUUGAGAUUUCCCAAGUCAGUAAACUCUACAGAGAGUCAGGUGGACUGCUAUACAGUGGACUUCUUAAGUGAGUCCACAAUUGGGAGCCAAUCUGAGAAGAAGACAGAUAGUUUUUAUCUAGUUCAGACACUGGCAUCCGCAUCCAGUAGGAUUGGUUCCUUCGCAGCUACUGCGUCUAAGGAAUAUGAUAUUCACUUGCUGCCAUGGGCAUCAGUUGCAGCUUGCAUAUCCGAUAAUUCAGCACAUAAUGAUGCUCUUAAGCUUGGCCGGGCAUUCUGCUUUCUCCCUCUGCCCGUUAGGACUGGCCUCACUGUGCAAGUUAAUGGAUACUUUGAGGUCUCGUCGAAUCGUCGUGGCAUCUGGUAUGGGGCUGACAUGGACAGAAGUGGAAAAAUCCGUUCUGUCUGGAACAGGCUUCUUUUAGAAGAUGUUGUGGCACCUGCAUUUACUCAACUUCUUCUUGGUGUACGAGGACUGCUAGAUUCCAGGGACUUGUACUAUUCCUUAUGGCCAAGUGGUUCUUUUGAAGAGCCGUGGAGUAUUCUAGUCGAGCAUAUAUACAGAAACAUUUCUAGUGCUCCUGUGUUGCAUUCAGAUCUUGAAGGUGGAAAAUGGGUGUCGCCAGUUGAAGCUUUUCUACAUGAUGAGGAAGUUACCAAGAGUAAGGAACUUGGUGAGGCUCUGAUUGUGCUAGGAAUGCCUAUUGUGUGUUUGCCCAAUGUUUUAUUUAACAUGCUCUUGAAAUAUGCUUCCAGUUUUCAGCAGAAGGUGGUGACUCCUGAUACAGUACGAUGUUUUCUCAGAGAGUGUAGAUCUGUUUCUACCCUGGGCAAAUAUUUCAAGCUUGUAUUGUUGGAAUAUUGUCUUGAAGAUUUGCUUGAUGAUGAUGUUGGAACACAUGCAUAUAACCUGCCUUUGCUUCCAUUGGCAAAUGGUGAAUUUGGAUCGUUGUCAGAUGCCUCUAAAGGAAUUUCAUAUUUUAUUUGCAAUGACUUAGAAUUCAUGCUGCUUAAACAAAUAUAUGAUAGAAUAAUUGAUAAGAAUAUUCCUAUUGACAUACUAAGUAGACUCUCUGCUAUUGCAAAGUCCUCAAAGGCAAAUCUUGUCAUUUUCAAUGUUCAGUAUUUUCUUCAAUUUUAUCCAAGAUUUGUACCCGCUGAUUGGAAAUAUAAAAGCAAAGUGAUAUGGGAUCCAGAGUCUUGCCAUAAUCACCCUACUUCAACAUGGUUUGUGUUAUUUUGGAAAUAUCUUCGGAAUCAGUGCAAGAAACUGUCAUUGCUUAGUGAUUGGCCCAUUUUGCCAUCUACUUCCUGCCAUCUGUACAGAGCCUCGAGACAAUCGAAAUUGAUCAAUGCAGAAAAGCUUUCUGACAAGAUGAAAGAAAUACUUGUUAAAAUUGGUUGCAAGAUUCUGAGCCCCAAUUAUGGAGUUGAACACUCAGAUUUAUCUCAUUAUGUAACUGAUGGUAAUGCUUCAGGGAUUCUGGAAUCUAUAUAUGAUGUUGUCUCCUUAAAUUAUGGCACCAUAGUAACAUGUUUUCAUAAUUUGGAAGCAAAAGAGAGGGAUGAACUUCGUGCAUUUCUUCUUGAUCCAAAGUGGUAUUUUGGAGACUGUUUGAAUGAGUCUGACAUAAGAAAUUGCACGAGGCUGCCUAUUUAUAAAGUGUAUGGUGAUGGAUCUACUCAAAGUUUCCAAUUCUCCGAUCUUGAAAAUCCGCGCAAGUACUUACCACCCGUAGACAUCCCUGAGUGCUUUCUUGGAGCUGAGUUCCUUAGCUCCUCAGAUGUUGAGGUGGAGGUUUUGUUAAGAUAUUAUGGAAUUGAGAGAAUGGGGAAAGCACGCUUCUAUAAGCAGCAAGUGUUGAAUAGAGUUGGGGAACUGCAACCUGAAGUUCGUGACAGCAUUGUUCUUUCUAUUCUGCAAAACCUGCCACAGUUGUGUGUUGAGGACUUAUCUUUCAGGGAUUAUUUGAAAAAUUUGGAAUUUAUUCCGACCUUUGGUGGUGCUCUUAGGUCUCCUACUGCAUUAUAUGAUCCACGUAAUGAAGAAUUAUAUGCACUAUUAGAGGAUUCUGAUAGUUUUCCCUGUGGUCCUUUUCAAGAACCUGGUAUUUUGGACAUGCUACACGGUUUAGGCCUUAAAACAUCUGUGACCCCUGAGACAGUCAUACAAAGUGCUCGACAGGUUGAACGGCUAAUGCAUGAGGAUCAGCAAAAGUCGCAAUUAAAAGGCAAGGUGCUUCUGUCCUACUUAGAAGUUAAUGCAAUGAGAUGGAUACCCAAUGCUUUAAAUGAUGAUCAAGGAACAAUGAACAGAAUGUUGUCACGAGCUGCAACCGCAUUCAGACCUCGUAACUUGAAAUCUGAACUUGAAAAGUUCUGGAAUGAUCUUCGGCUGAUCAGCUGGUGCCCAGUGGUAGUUUCUGCUCCAUUUCAAACUUUACCAUGGCCUGCCGUGUCAUCCAUGGUUGCUCCACCAAAGCUUGUAAGACUGCAAGCAGAUCUGUGGCUUGUUUCAGCUAGCAUGCGAAUACUUGAUGGAGAUUGCUCAUCGACAGCACUAUCGACUAGUCUUGGGUGGUCUUCUCCACCUGGUGGAAGUGUCAUUGCAGCCCAACUACUUGAGCUUGGUAAAAAUAAUGAGAUUGUGAAUGACCAGGUUCUUCGACAGGAAUUAGCCUUGGCAAUGCCAAGGAUAUAUUCAAUACUGACAGGGUUGAUUGGUUCAGAUGAGAUGGACAUUGUAAAGGCUGUUCUUGAAGGUAGUCGAUGGAUCUGGGUGGGUGAUGGAUUUGCAACUGCGGAUGAGGUUGUCCUUGAUGGUCCUAUUCAUUUGGCUCCUUAUAUACGUGUCAUACCUGUCGAUUUGGCUGUUUUCAAGGAACUAUUUUUAGAGCUUGGUAUUCGAGAAUUCUUGAACUCUACAGAUUAUGCUAAUAUCUUAUGUAGAAUGGCUUUGAAGAAAGGAUCCUCCCCUCUCGAUGCACAGGAAAUGAGAGCAGCCUUAUUGAUUGUGCAGCAUUUGGCUGAAGUUCAGAUACAUGACCAGAAAGUUAAGAUUUAUUUACCAGAUGUGUCAGGCAGAUUAUAUCCUGCCACCGACUUAGUUUAUAACGAUGCUCCUUGGUUGCUUGGCUCAGAGGAUCAUGAUAGCCCCUUUGGUGGUCCAUCUAAUGUGGCACUGAAUGCAAGGAGAACGGUUCAGAAAUUUGUGCAUGGGAACAUAUCUAUUGAUGUUGCAGAGAAGCUUGGCGUCUGCUCUCUGCGCAGGACCUUGCUAGCUGAGAGUGCUGAUUCAAUGAAUUUGAGUUUAUCUGGGGCUGCUGAAGCUUUUGGACAGCAUGAAGCCUUGACAACUAGACUUAAACACAUUCUUGAAAUGUAUGCAGAUGGACCUGGGAUUCUAUUUGAGCUGGUUCAAAAUGCAGAGGAUGCAGGAGCUUCUGAGGUGAGCUUUCUCCUGGACAAAACUCAAUAUGGGACUUCUUCUGUUCUUUCACCUGAAAUGGCAGAUUGGCAAGGCCCUGCGUUGUACUGUUUUAAUGACUCUGUCUUCAGUCCCCAAGAUCUUUAUGCAAUCUCACGCAUUGGCCAAGAAAGUAAACUAGAGAAGCCUUUUGCAAUUGGGAGAUUUGGACUGGGUUUUAAUUGUGUCUAUCAUUUCACAGACAUUCCCACAUUUGUUUCUGGUGAAAACAUUGUUAUGUUUGAUCCUCAUGCCUGUAAUUUGCCUGGGAUCUCUCCAUCUCAUCCUGGCCUACGGAUUAAAUUUGCGGGAAGAAAGAUUAUGGAACAAUUUCCUGAUCAAUUUUCUCCUUUCUUACACUUCGGCUGUGACUUGCAGCAGCCGUUUCCUGGAACCCUUUUCCGGUUUCCACUUAGGAGUGCCAGUGCUGCUUCCAGAAGCCAAAUAAAGAAAGAAGGAUAUGCACCUGAUGAUGUCCUAUCCCUCUUUGCUUCAUUUUCCAAAGUUGUUUCUGAAACUUUGCUUUUUCUGCGUAAUGUGAAAGUUAUCUCUGUUUUUGUGAAGGAAGGAAGUGGACAUGAAAUGCAACUUUUACAUCGUGUCCAUAAGCGUUGCAAUGGUGAGCCCAAAAUAGAGCCCAAUGCGUUGCAGGAUGUGUUUAGCUUGUUUGAUGGAAGUCGGCAGAGAGGACUGGAUAAAGAACAGUUCCUAAAGAAAUUGAGAAAAUCAACGGACAGAGAUUUGCCAUAUAAAUGUCAGAAGAUUGGAAUUACAGAAGAAAGCUCAGCUGGUAAUGUAUCACACUGCUGGAUAACCUCUGAGUGUCUAGGUGGUGCACAAACUAAGAACAAAUCUGCAGUUUUGAAUGACAAGUCUCAUACUUAUAUACCCUGGGCAUGCGUUGCUGCAUAUUUACACUCUGUCCAGGUUGGAUUGGGCGUGAGUGAUAUCCCGGAGAUGAACGAUGCCUGUGCUGUUGCAUCGGAUGUAUUUCAAGUCUCUACAGGUUCUUUGCAGGAUAGAAAAGAUUUUGAAGGCCAUGCUUUCUGUUUCCUGCCACUUCCAAUUAGUACUGGCCUUCCAGCUCAUGUUAAUGCAUAUUUUGAGUUAUCAUCAAAUAGGAGAGACAUCUGGUUUGGGAACGACAUGGCUGGCGGUGGGAAAAAACGUUCAGAUUGGAAUAUGUACCUGCUUGAAGGUGUUGUUGCCCCUGCUUAUGGUCACAUGCUAGAGAAAAUAGCACUGGAGAUUGGCCCUUGUGAUUUAUUCUUUUCACUUUGGCCUAAAACAAGAGGAUUAGAACCUUGGGCUUUAGUGGUGCGGGAGCUCUACACUUUUAUUGUUGACUGUAGUCUUCGUGUAUUGCAUACAAAAGCUCGAGAUGGCCAGUGGAUCUCAGCAAAACAGGCUAUAUUUCCUGAUUUUAAUUUUGAUAAGGUAGAUGAGCUAAUUGAAGCAUUAUCAGAUGCUGGUCUACCUCUGGUCACUGUUUCUAAGCCAAUUGUUGAGAGAUUUAUGGAGGUGUGCCCCUCAUUGCAUUUUUUGAAUCCACAGUUGUUAAGAACUUUAUUAAUUCGAAGGAAACGCGAAUUCAAGGAUAGAAACACAAUGAUAUUGACCCUUGAAUAUUGCUUACUUGAUUUGAAGAUACCUGUCGAAUCUGCAAGUUUGUAUGGUUUGCCGUUAUUACCCCUUACUGAUGGUUCAUUUACAGCAUUUGACAAGAAUGGGAUUGGGGAAAGAAUAUAUAUUGCACGAGGCGAUGAGUAUGAUCUUCUCAAGGAUUUGGUUCCAAAUCAACUUGUAGAUUGCGGAAUCCCAGAAGGAGUUUAUGAGAAGCUAUGUUACAUAGCCCAAAGUGAGGCCUCAAAUAUUUCUUUUCUGUCAUGCCAUUUACUGGAGAAGCUCCUUUUGAAAUUACUUCCAGCAGAGUGGCAUCAUGCAAAACAGGUGACAUGGGCUCCUGGUCAGCAGGGUCAACCAAGUUUAGAGUGGAUUAGACUUCUCUGGAGCUAUUUGAGGUCUUCUUGUGACGACUUGUCACUUUUUUCUAAGUGGCCAAUUUUGCCUGUUGGGAAUCAUUGCCUCUUGCAACUAGUUGAAAAUUCAAAUGUAAUCAAGGAUGAUGGGUGGAGUGAGAACAUGUCAUCUUUGUUGCUGAAAAUAGGAUGUGUUUUCCUGAGGCAAGACCUCCCAAUAGAUCAUCCACAGUUGAAAUUUUUUGUGCAGUUGCCAACAGCAGUUGGCUUAUUAAAUGCACUUCUGGCAGUUGCAGAUAGGCCAGAGAACAUUGAGGGGCUUUUCGACAAUGCAUCAGAAGGAGAGAUGCAUGAACUUCGGAGUUUCAUUCUUCAGUCCAAAUGGUUUGUUGAAGAGGAAAUGGAAUAUAAACACAUUGACAUCAUAAAACACCUUCCUAUGUUUGAGUCAUAUAAAAGUAGAAAACUAGUAAGUUUGAGUAAUCCUAUCAAAUUGCUUAAACCUGGUGAUAUUCCGGAAAAUUUUUUGAGUGAUGACUUUGUGCGCACAGAAUCAGAGAAGGAAAAAAUUAUUCUGAGAAGAUAUUUAGAGAUUAGAGAACCCUCCAGGAUGGAAUUCUACAAAGAUCAUGUUCUUAACCACAUGUCAGAAUUCCUUUCAGAGCAGGGAUCUCUUUCAGCUAUUCUCCAUGGCGUACAGCUUUUAGUUCAAGAGGAUAAUUCUUUGAAGUCUGCACUCUCUGAAAUACCGUUUGUUUUGACAGCCGAUGGGUCUUGGCAGCAACCUUCCAGGCUUUAUGAUCCUCGAGUACCUGCACUAAGAACGGUGCUGCAUAGAGAAGUUUUUUUCCCUUCUGAGAAAUUCUCAGAUACAGAAACUUUGGAUAUUUUAGUCACGCUUGGACUCAGAAGAACUCUGGGCUAUUCUGGUUUACUUGAUUGUGCUAGAUCAGUUUCUUUGUUACAUGAUUCUAGGGAACCAGAGACACUAAGUUAUGCGACGAAGCUACUUGUUUGUUUAGAUGCUCUUUCAUUUAAGCUCUCGACCGAGGAAGAAGGAAAUCUUGAUGAGUUGAAGAAUUCAAUUUUCCACGACGACAAUGAAACUGAGGCUGGCGAUGGUAUGCAUGAUGAGUCUCCUAAGAGAAUUGGGAACCAAAUAUUAGAUGAUCUGGACAUAAAUUUUUUCGUAGGUAACUUGAUUGAUGAUCAGCCAGAUGAGGACUUUUGGUCUGAAAUGAGGGCUAUUGCUUGGUGUCCUGUAUAUGCUGACCCACCUCUAAAAGGAAUCCCAUGGUUGAAGUCUAGUAAUCAGGUGUCCCGGCCAAGCAAUGUGAGACCUAAAUCCCAGAUGUUUGUGGUAUCCUGCUCAAUGCAUAUACUAGAUGGUGAAUGCUGUUCGUUGUACCUACAAAAGAAACUUGGUUGGAUGGAUCGUCCAAACAUAAAUGUUUUAUCUGCACAGUUGAUUGAGCUAUCCAAGUUAUAUAGCCAGCUCAAAUCACAUUCAUCUGAUGUACCUGUUGUUGAUGCUGCACUUUCUAAGGGAAUUCCAGCACUCUAUUCUAAGAUGCAAGAGUAUAUUGGCACUGAUGAAUUUGUGCAACUAAAAUCAGCACUAGAUGGUGUUUCCUGGGUUUGGAUUGGGGAUAACUUUGUUGUUCCAAAUGCUCUUGCAUUUGACUCACCUGUGAAAUUUACUCCAUAUUUGUAUGUUGUUCCAUCUGAAUUAUCGGAAUUCAGAGAUUUGCUCUUGAAUUUAGGCGUCAGAAUUAGUUUUGAUAUUUGGGACUAUAUGCAUGUCUUGCAACGAUUGCAAAAUGACGUGAAAGGAUUCCCAUUGUCAACAGAUCAGUUAAAUUUUGUCCAUCGUAUCCUUGAUGCUGUAGCAGACUGUUGCUCAGAGAAGCCACUUUUUGAAGCUUCUAACACUCCAAUCUUAAUUCCAGACGCGUCUGCAGUUCUUAUGCAUGCUGGAAAUCUUGUGUAUAAUGAUGCACCAUGGAUGGAUAAUAGUACUCCCGUUGGGAAACAUUUUAUACAUCCAACUAUCAGCAAUGAUCUGGCAAGUAGGUUGGGGGUACAAUCACUUCGCUGCCUCUCUUUAGUUGACAAUGACAUGACUAAAGAUCUUCCUUGCAUGGACUAUGCUAGAAUAAAAGAGCUUUUGACAUCUUAUGGGGACAAUGACCUUUUAUUGUUUGACCUACUUGAGUUGGCAGAUUGCUGCAAAGCCAAUAAGCUUCACCUAAUUUUUGACAAGAGGGAACAUCCUCGCCAGUCUUUGUUGCAGCACAAUAUGGGUGAGUUUCAAGGGCCUGCCCUAUUAGCCAUUUUGGAAGGGGUCAGCUUGAGUAGAGAGGAAAUAAGUAGCCUCCAAUUUCUACCUCCAUGGAGACUAAGGGGCAAUACACUUAACUAUGGUUUGGCUUUGCUUAGCUGUUAUUUUGUCUGUGAUCUACUCUCAGUUGUUUCUGGUGGCUACUUAUACUUGUUUGAUCCCCUCGGUUUGGUGCUUGCUGCACCGUCAACUUGUGCUCCUGCGGCAAAAAUGUUUUCUUUAAUAGGUACUAAUUUGACUGACCGGUUCCGUGAUCAAUUUAAUCCCAUGCUGAUUGGUCCCAGUAUAUCGUGGCCAUCAUUGGAUUCUACUAUUAUUCGCAUGCCUUUAUCAUCUGAAUGUUUGAAUAAUGGACUAGAACUUGGACUAAGGAGAAUAAAGCAGAUUAGUGAAAGAUUUUUGGAGCACUCUUCUAGAUCACUUAUAUUCUUAAAGUCGGUGACGCAGGUGUCAAUCUCGACAUGGGAGGAAGGAAACUCGCAGCCACACCAGGACUAUUCAGUUAGCAUUGAUUCAUCAUCUGCUAUAAUGAGAAAUCCAUUUUCAGAGAAGAAAUGGAGGAAAUUUCAAAUAUCUCGAUUGUUUAAUAGCUCCAAUGCUGCAACAAAAUUGCAUGUAAUAGAUGUAAAUUUGAACCAUGGGGCAGCAAGAGUUGUUGACCGAUGGCUCGUUGCACUCAGCCUAGGCUCUGGACAAACAAGAAAUAUGGCUCUUGAUAGGCGAUAUCUGGCAUACAACUUAACACCUGUUGCUGGAGUUGCAGCACAUAUAUCCCGUGAUGGCCAUCCUGCUGAUGUUUGUCUAGCAAGUUCUAUCAUGUCCCCCCUUCCUCUGUCCGGUGGUAUAAAUAUACCUGUUACUGUUCUUGGAUGUUUCCUGGUUUGUCACAAUGGAGGUCGCUCCCUCUUUAAUUACCAAGACAAAGAAGCUUCGGAAGAGGCACAGGCUGAUGCUGGAAAUCGGUUAAUGGAAGCUUGGAACAGGGAGCUUAUGUCAUGUGUCCGUGAUUCCUACAUUGAAUUGAUAUUGGAAAUCCAGAGGUUAAGAAGAGAUGCUUCGAGUUCUGCAAUUGAAUCAAGUGCAGGUCGUGCAAUCAGCCUGUCUUUGAAGGCUUAUGGAGAUAAAAUUUAUUCCUUUUGGCCAAGGUCUAAUGGGCGUAAUAUGGUCACACAACAAGGAAACGACUGUAGUUUAGUUCCAAUGGAAGUGCUGAAAUCAGAUUGGGAAUGCAUAAUUGAACAUGUGAUAAGGCCUUUCUAUGCUCGUGUUGUUGACCUUCCUGUGUGGCAGCUUUACUCUGGAAACCUAGCCAAGGCUGAAGAGGGUAUGUUUCUUUCACAACCAGGGAAUGGGGUGGGUGGUAAGUUGCUUCCAGCAACAGUUUGCAGCUUCGUAAAGGAGCACUACCCAGUGUUUUCAGUACCUUGGGAGUUGGUAACUGAAAUCCAAGCUCUAGGGAUUGCAGUUCGGGAAGUAAAACCUAAAAUGGUUAGGAAUCUUUUAAGACUUUCUUCAACAUCUUUUGUUCUCCGAUCAGUUGAUAUGUAUGCAGAUGUUCUUGAGUAUUGUUUGUCUGAUGUUGAGAUUAGAGAAUCAUCUAAUUCCAUUGGAAAUUCUCUGACAGUUGACCACAAUAACACAAACUAUAUCCAUAGGGAAAGUCAAGUUGUUGGUACCAGUCCUGGUUCUGUUUCAGUCCCUAAUACUCAUAAUUUUCCUGCAUUGUCUACUCAGAACGCUAGCAGUUCAGGAGAUGCAAUUGAAAUGGUGACAAGUUUGGGGAAGGCUUUAUUUGAUUUUGGCCGAGGAGUUGUUGAGGAUAUUGGUAGGGCUGGGGGGCCCUUGGUUCAGAGGAACGUGGUUGCUGGUAGCAGCAACAGCAUGUAUGGAAAUGUAGACCAGAAUCUUCUAUCAAUAGCAGCUGAGCUCAAGGGUUUACCAUGCCCAACUGCCGGAAACCAUUUAACUAAGUUGGGUACUACUGAACUUUGGGUUGGGAAUAAGGAGCAACUGUCAUUGAUGGUUUCUUUGGCUGAAAAGUUUGUCCACCCUAAAGUAUUGGAUAGAUCAAUCUUGGCUGAUAUUUUUUCAAAUGGUGUGCUACAAUCAUUAUUAAAACUGCGAAGUUUCUCUCUUCACUUACUGGCCAGUCAUAUGAGGAUAGUUUUUCAUGAUAACUGGGUGAGUCAUGUAAUGGCCUCAAAUAUGGUUCCUUGGUUUUCAUGGGAGAAUAAUACAUCAAGCUCUGGUGGUGAAGGAGGUCCUUCCCCCCAAUGGAUAAGACUCUUCUGGAAAAAUUUCAAUGGCUGUUCAGAAGACCUCUUGCUCUUUUCUGUUUUCAUUCCACCACUGGUUAUUGAUCCAACUUCAGAAGAAAGUUCCUUGGAAAUUGGAGUAACUGGAAGCAAUGAUGCGCCUGAAUCUGAAUCAAUUCAUGGUUACGCAUUGGCUUUUGAAGUAGCUAAAAACAAACACCCUUGGUUGUUAUCACUGUUGAAUCACUGCAGCAUACCUAUAUUUGAUAUAGCUUUUCUGGACUGUGCUGCUCCAUGCAACUGUUUCCCUGCUCCUGGCCAAUCAUUAGGUCAAGUUAUUGCUUCCAAGUUGGUUGCAGCUAGAAAUGCUGGCUAUUUCCCUGAACUUACUUCCCUUUCAGCUUCAGAUUGCGAUGCACUUUUUGCACUUUUUGCUAACGAUUUCUUGUCAAAUGGCUCUAAUUACAGAGUGGAAGAACUUGAAGUUUUACGUUCACUUCCUAUAUAUAAAACAGUUGUGGGUUCAUACACACGGUUGCUCAGUGAUGAUCAGUGCAUUGUCUCUUCAAGUUCAUUCCUUACGCCCUAUGAUGAACGCUGCCUGUCCUACUCCAGUGGUUCAGUUGAAUUUUCAUUACUUCGAGCACUCGGAGUCUCUGAAUUGCAUGAUCAGCAGAUUUUAAUCAGGUUUGGAUUGCCUGGGUUUGAAGGUAAACCUGAAUCUGAAAAGGAGGAUAUACUAAUAUAUCUUUACACAAACUGGCAAGACCUCCGAAUGGAUUCUUCUGUAAUCGAAGCUUUAAAAGAGGCUAAAGAUUUAUUUGAUCCUGGUGAUGCUUUAUUAACAUCUAUUUUCUCUGGUGAGAGGAAAAAAUUUCCAGGAGAAAGGUUUACUACAGAUGGGUGGCUUCACAUUUUAAGAAAAGCUGGUCUCCGGACUGCAACAGAGUCUGAUGUAAUACUUGAAUGUGCCAAAAGAGUAGAGUUUCUUGGAACUGAAUGCAUGAGGUCCAGAGAUUUGGAUGAUUUUGAGGAUUUAAGCAACACUCAGAGUGAAGUUUCAAUGGAAGUAUGGACAUUAGCUGGAUCUGUUGUUGAAGCAAUUUUCUCGAACUUUGCUGUCCUUUAUGGCAACAACUUCUGUGAUCUCCUUGGCAAGAUUAAAUGCAUACCUGCUGAAUUUGGCCUUCCAAAUGUCGUUGGAAAAAAAGGUGGCAAGAGAGUACUCACUUCAUAUAAUGAAGCUAUUCUGUUAAAGGAUUGGCCUCUGGCUUGGAGUUAUGCGCCCAUUAUUUCAAGACAAAGUGCUGUUCCUCCUGAGUACUCUUGGGGAUCACUCCAGCUCAGAAGCCCUCCAGCUUUUCCUACAGUACUAAAACACUUGCAGAUUAUUGGAAGAAAUGGUGGUGAAGACACACUUGCUCAUUGGCCAACUGCAUCAGGCAUGAUGACUAUUGAUGAAGCUUCCUGUGAGGUGUUAAAAUACUUGGAUAAGAUAUGGAAUUCCCUCUCUUCUUCAGAUAUAAUGGAGUUGCAGAGAGUUCCAUUUAUACCUGCUGCAAACGGAACACGCUUGGUGACAGCAAACUUGCUUUUUGCUCGUCUAACAAUUAACUUAUCCCCAUUUGCAUUUGAACUUCCUACUUUGUAUCUUCCUUUUCUGAAGAUUCUCAAAGAUUUGGGACUUCAGGACAUAUUUUCAAUUGCCUCUGCGAGGGAUCUUCUUUUGAAUCUCCAGAGAACUUGUGGAUAUCAGCGUCUAAAUCCAAAUGAACUCCGGGCUGUCCUGGAAAUUUUGUACUUUAUCUGUGAUGGGACUAUUGGGGAAGACAUGUCCAAUGGGCCCAAUUGGACAUCAGAAGCAAUAGUUCCUGAUGAUAGCUGCAGACUUGUUCAUGCAAAAUCCUGUGUGUAUAUUGAUUCCCAUGGAUCACGGUUUGUAAAAUGCAUUGACCCUUCAAGGUUCAGAUUUAUUCACCCAGAUCUUCCAGAGAGAUUAUGUUUUGUCCUGGGCAUCAAAAAGCUGUCUGAUGUAGUCAUUGAGGAGUUAGAUCAUCAGGAGCAUUUGCAGACUUUGGAUUAUAUUGGUUCGGUUCCAUUAGUAGCCAUCAGAGAGAAAUUGUUGAGCAAGUCACUUCAGGGUGCUGUAUGGACCGUUGUAAAUAGCAUGUCUAGUUACAUUCCUGCAAUUAAGAAUUUAUCUCUGGGAACCAUACAAAAUUUAUUAGAAGCUGUUGCAGAAAAGUUGCAGUUUGUUAAGUGCCUUCAUACUCGUUUCUUGCUUCUCCCAAAGUCAGUAGACAUUACACAAGCGGCUAAGGAUUCCAUCAUUCCAGAGUGGGUUGAUGGAUCCAUGCAUCGGACACUUUACUUCAUUAACCGGUCUAACACCAGCAUUUUAGUUUCCGAACCACCACCCUAUAUUUCAGUUUUUGAUGUUAUUGCAAUUGUCGUGAGCCUGGUUUUAGGGUCCCCUACUCCGUUACCUAUUGGAUCUUUAUUUGUCUGUCCUGGAGGCUCCGAAACUGCAAUUGUCGAUAUUUUGAAGCUUUGUUCUGACAAACAAGAAAUGGAAGCCACUAGUGGAAGCAAUGGUUUGAUAGGCAAAGAACUGUUGCCUCAAGAUGUUCAUCAAGUACAAUUUCAUCCAUUGAGGCCGUUUUAUGCUGGAGAGAUAGUGGCAUGGCGCUCUCAAAAUGGAGAAAAGCUCAAAUAUGGUAGAGUUCCAGAUGAUGUCAGACCAUCAGCUGGCCAAGCACUGUACAGAUUCAAGGUGGAAACCUCAACAGGGGGGAUGCAGCCUCUUCUUUCUUCACAUGUUUUCUCAUUCAGAAGUAUAGCAAUGGGCAGUGAGACUUCACCAAUGCCAAUGGAUGAUAGUCAUACAGUAGUUCGUAACAGAACUCCCAUCGAAAUGCCAGAAACUUCUGGAAGCGGCAAAUCAAGAUCUUCUCAGCUGCAAGCUGGCAAAGAGCUCCAGUAUGGCCGAGUAUCAGCUGGAGAACUGGUGCAAGCAGUACAAGAGAUGCUUUCUGCAGCUGGGAUUUAUAUGGAUGUGGAGAAGCAGUCCCUGCUGCAGAAAACACUAACGCUGCAAGAACAGUUAAAGGAGUCCCAGACAUCACUUUUGCUUGAACAGGAAAAAGCUGAUGUGGCAGCAAAAGAAGCUGAUACCGCAAAAGCAGCAUGGCUUUGUCGGGUCUGCUUGACUGCUGAAGUUGACAUAACUAUAGUUCCUUGUGGUCAUGUACUUUGUCGGCGGUGCUCUUCUGCGGUUUCCAGGUGUCCAUUUUGUCGGCUCCAGGUCUCUAAAACUAUGAGAAUUUUUCGGCCAUGAUCACCUUGUUACUACGGACAGAGAAGGGAUUGUGCAUUUCUUCUGUUUAUACAUUUAGUUUUGGGUAAUGAGAAUCACCUCUCUUCCUUGUUUCUUUUCCUUUUCUGGAACACGAGAAGAUCAACAUAAAGCAAAGGGAAGGAGGGAAAGGAAUAGGUUCUAUUAAUCUGUAGGAAAGAUAGAGUUUUUUCUUUUUCUUCUUCUUUGAGUGCAAUAGGAAAGUUAUCGAUUUUUAUCAUAGGAACUGUCUGUGCCCCUUGUCUGGUGGGUCUAAAUUUUGUUGUGUACAUAGUGAAAUAGAAAUAUAUAGUUUCAUUCGACCAAAAAAAAUAUGUAUAUAUAUAUAUAGUUUGUAUAGUAGUUGAUGGGAAAAUGGAUCUGGCGUGUUCAAGCCCUCAUCCCUCUCAUGACCCUUUUUCUUGUUUUUUUCCCUGAACCUUUAAUUUAUGGAACUGGUAAGAUUAUCGAAAGAUGAAGCAAAAUUAUCAAAAAAUUUCACUUCAAAA